AACAUAAAUGAAUGAUUACGAUGUUUAAAUAUGCAUUGUGUUUUAGUUAUAAUCAUAUGUUUCAAAUAAUAUUACGUUAAAGUUGAUGUAACUUUAACUUUAUCAAAAACUACCUUGACCAAAAACUUUAACCUGAUCUUUGCACUAUCAUUUUCUAUGUUCAGUGGACCAUGAAGUUGGGGUCGAAACUAUAAUUUGGCAUUAAAAUUAGAAAGAUCAUAUCAUGGGGAACAUGUGUACUAAGUUUCAAGUUGAUUGGACUUCCAACUUCUUCAAAAACUACCUUGACCAAAAACUUUAACCUGAAGCGAACGGAUGCACAGACGGAUGAACGUUGUAGGGUGUGUUUGCAGAAGAAAAAAAUAACUUUAUUUAAUUUACAGAAAAGUGAAAGUGUGAUAUAAGAAAACUUGAAAAGUAUUUAGGGUUAACAUGUUUAAAAAUGUAACUAAAUGUGGAACAGUUACAAUACUUUAAGUAUAUAUUACUUAUAGUACUGAGUUAAUUUCACCUGAUCAGCUGAAAAAAUUACUUAGUUAUGGCAUAGUUUUUGUUAUAAGAUUUACGAAAAUAUUAUACACUCAUGAGUGUAAGAAAACAAAAAAAAACACGAUUCUGCUAUGAAAGUCGCAUUAUACAAAGGUUAACCUGUUCUAAAAUCAUACCAUCCUUUAAUCAUCUAACUGUCUGAGCCAUACUUGAUCAGGUAAAAUUGAUACAGUUGUAAAAAUCUGUUUUUUGUAGAAUGAACACCAGCUGGUAAACUGAAAAGCAGGACAACUUGAAAAGAAAACUAUAAUGUUAUACUGAACAUAUUUAAGUGGAAUUAAAACGCAAUGAUCACUCUUGUAUUCAAUUCAAUUCUAUCAUAUCAUUUUUCGAAAAGGCUGUGCAUUUUCUUUUUUUGAUGAAUUUUGGUUUAUUAGUUUAAACAUAUUAUUUAUUUAUAGUGGAUUGGGAAACAAGUUUUGCAACUUAUAUUAAUCCCUUUCCACCUUGCGGGUGCGAGUGCUGCCUUGUAGCGGCAUAAGCCUGCUCUGGUUUAUUAUAUGUGCAGAAUGUCAUUAAUUAAGAAAACAGCAAACUAUGUUAUGACCGUCAACAGUAUUUUAGCGUUGUCUAAAAGUAGUUCCAAAUUGAAGAAUAAUGGUGUAUUUGACUGCAAGUAGUAAAAUGUAGUAAUCUUUGUGAGACAGAGACUUAUAACUUUGAAAUAUGAUAUAAAUAUCUGAUUGGUCCUGUUCUGUUUAGGUGCUCCUGUGGUCAAUGUUGCAUCAAAUGCUUACUCAGUCAACAUAGGAAACUCAAUUACGUUACAAUGUAAUGUCCAAGCAAAUCCUGUCCAUACAUCGGUGAAAUGGCAGAGAGUUGAUAACAAUUAUAAUGCUGUUGAUAUCGAUAUGACCAACAGUCGAUACAAUGGAAGUCAAGUUGAUUCACCAUCUCUGGUAAUCAGUCAGACCAUAACAUCGGAUGAAGGACGAUAUGUUUGUUUGGCCACAAAUGCUGUAGGAACUGGACAAAGCCAGCAGACAUACUUGACUGUUGUAGGAAGUACACCAACAGCAACUAUAGACCAGCCACAAUACUCAGCCAACAAAGGCUCUGACAUCACACUACAGUGUUCGUACACCGCCAAUCCUGUCGCAACCAUGGUCAGAUGGGAGAGAGCUAAUGGAAACACUGUCGUAGAGAUCGGAGAUACCACCAAUAAUAAUAAAUAUGGUGGCUCUACAGUCAGUUCACCAUCACUUAUUAUUUAUAAAGCUGAAGAGAGCGACGAGGGAAAUUACAAAUGUAAAGUUACAAACAGUGUUGGUACAGGAAUUAGUACCAUUACUACUCUCGAUGUCGUUGGAAAUAUACCAAUUGUCACUGUUACAACAUCUGCAUACAUGGUCGAUGUUAGCAGCUCAAUUACUCUAGAUUGCCAAGUGACUGCGAACCCAACUCAUACUUCAGUCUUUUGGCAGAAGGUAAAAGGAGGCAAUACAGAAACAAUAUCUAUAAAUGGAGUAAAAUACAACGGAUCAUCAGUGAGUAAUCCUAGUCUUAACAUUUCCGAUGCUGAGUUUAGUGAUGCCGGAACAUACUACUGUUAUGCAAGAAACAGCGUGGGAACGGGAUCUAGUACACAGGUGGUUUUAGCUGUCUCUGGCAACACCCCAAGUGUCAGUUUGACCCAAAAUAACAUAACUGUUAAAUAUAGAAAUGAUGUGACUAUAGGAUGUGUGGUUGUGGCUAAUCCAUAUCAAACGUCUGUUUACUGGCAGAAGAUUUCGGGAGAUUUAACAGUAACAAUAGACAUGACAAACACGAGCAAAUAUGGUGGAGGAACCGUGGCAGUACCAUCACUUUAUAUAAUUGGAGCUGAUACAAGUGACACUGCUAGUUAUGUCUGUUUUGCUGUAAACUCAAAUGGAACUGGCCAGAGUAGUGAAGGAACUCUCACUGUUGUGGGAUACACCCCAAAUGUCAGUUUGAACCAGAAUACCACGACUGUUAACUACGGAAAUAAUGUGACCAUUGAAUGUGUAAUCUCAGCGAAUCCAUCUCACACAUCUGUAUACUGGCAGAAGAUUUCAGGAGGACAAACAGUUACUAUUGACAUGUCAAACACAAGCAAAUAUGGUGGAGGAACCGUGGCAGUACCAUCACUUUAUAUAAUCAAAGCUGAUACAAGUGAUACUGCUAAUUAUGUCUGUUUUGCUACUAACUCAGUUGGAACUGGUCAAAGCAGUCUAGGAACUCUAAUCGUUGCUGAAAAUAUACCGAUUAUCACAGUACCAACAUCUGCGUACAUUGUAAAUGUUGAAAGCUCCAUCACUCUAGCUUGCCAAGUUACUGCGUACCCAACUCAUAAUUUAGUCUAUUGGCAAAAGGUUAUAGGAGCCAAUACAAACAUUAUACAGAUAGAUGCAGAAAAAUACACUGGAUCAUCAGUUACCAAUCCUGGUCUUACCAUUUCAAAUGCUCAGUUUAGUGAUGCUGGAUCAUACUACUGUUAUGCAGCAAACAGCGUGGGAACGGGAUCGAGCACUCAAAUUAUCAUAGCUGUUGCUGGUAACACUCCAAAUGUCAGUUUGACCCAGAAUGUAAUAGAUGUAGACUACGGAAAUAAUGUGACCAUUGAAUGUGUAAUCUCAGCUAAUCCAUCUCAUACAUAUGUAUACUGGCAGAGGAUUUCGGGAGGACAAACAGUUACUAUUGACAAAACAAACACAAGCAAAUAUGGUGGAGGAACCGUGGCAGUACCAUCACUUUAUAUAAUCAGAGCUGAUACAAGUGAUGCUGCUAAUUAUGUCUGUUUUGCUAUCAACUCUGUUGGAACUGGUCAGAGUAGUCAAGGAAAUCUUACAGUUUUGGGAAUUAUACCAAUAGUCACUGUACCAACAUCUGCGUACAUUACCAAUGUUUACAGCUCUAUAACUGUAGAUUGCCAAGUUACUGCGUACCCAAUUCAUUAUUCGGUCUAUUGGCAGAAGGUUACAGGAAACAAUACGGAAACUAUAACUAUAAAUGGAGACAAAUACAGUGGAUCAUCAGUGAGCAAUCCUAGUCUUAAUCUGUCAAAUAUUGAUUUAAGUGACACCGGGUCAUACUAUUGUUAUGCAACAAACAUAUUGGGAACGGGAUCUAGCCCUCGAAUUAUUCUAGCUGUCGCUGGUACAUUUAUGAAUGAUGCCGUUCCAGAUACUACAGUGACAGAAUCCUCAGGGAAUCAAGUUAUUGUGCCUGCAAUUCUUGGUACUAUAAUUGCAUUGAUGGUGAUUGCUUUUGUGGCAUAUCUUGUUAGGAAAAAAUAUAAAAAGUCGACUGAAUCAAAUGGCAAAGUUUCUAGACGCGAAAGUGAGGCCCAUCCAUCGCCGAAAGAAUCGAAUGGUAAACAGGUAAAUCCUCUUCCUGUCGAGCAAGAUCCCGUUGAAACGGCUGAUCCAUUGCCCGGAGAACCAGAAAUGGGUGAAACAAGCAAAUUUCAAUCGCUACCACCAAUAGAUAACCGACAAUUCAUAACAGACAAAUAUUUACUCGACAGACCGAUGUUAUUACCUAUUGGAAAGGCUUCUGAACUUAAUGUUUAAUGUUUUGAUUUAACUCGGGGACCCACACAUGUUAGAAUCUUGUGUUACGUUCUAAGCCUCGUCGUGUGUGUUAUAUUGGUUCGAGUGUGAUGUGUUAUUUGUGUAAUAUAAUAAAUAAAAAAAUAUUAAGGAA